AUGUUCGUCCUACCGCCGCCGCCGCGCUAUCCGGCGGGCGGUCCUUACCACCCCGGCGGCCUCACGGGCAUCGUGCCGAUGAUCGAGACGAACAAUACGAUAUCGAAUCCUACAGGCCCCGAAUGGCAGUUCCUCGUCGGAGAGGGAACCUAUGUGCUCAAGGAAGACUUGUAUCUUGCGACGCCUCCUCCACAUCCCUCCGAAGCGCCAAUCGUGAACCCGAAUCCACUGGCAACCAAUCCGCAGCCAGCGACAGCCGGUACGAAGCUCUCCAUUAUCAGCCUCGACCAGCGACCACCACCCUUUGUCUACAAGGGCCCAGCGGAAUCGACUCUGUCGUUGGGAGGCUCAGGGGCGGCCAUACAUGAACAUCCCAACGAGUCUCGCUACUCUACAGAGGGCGGGAUGAGCAGCGAGGAUGGUCGUGGUACCUCGACGAGCGAUGCGCCGACCGCUUCCAUCACCCUGGGAUCGGCUCCGGCUUUCGGCGAAGGCAACGCAUUGCUCACGCCGACUCCGACAAAAGACGUGAACAAGAAGAGAAAGCCGAAAAACAACGUCACCAAGAGUAACUCGUCAUUCAUCUCGCGAGUCAUCGUCAACGAGAGUCUGUCCAGAAGGCUCACGGACCGACCAAGCGACGGCAUUUUCGCAUUUGCCAACAUCAACCGCGCCUUUCAGUGGAUCGACCUGUCGUCUUCGAACAAGCAAGACUACCUGACCAAGAUUCUGUUCACCAAAGCGCACUGCUUGUGCCAUGACGUCAACAAGACCACGCGAAGUGCGUCGCACAUUGAUGUUAUCAUGGGUUUCUCGACAGGCGAAGUCAUUUGGUGGGAACCCAUCUCUCAGCGUUAUACCCGACUGAACAAGAAUGGCGCGAUCAACAAUACUCCCGUGUCCGAGAUCAGGUGGAUUCCAGGCUCGGAGAAUCUAUUUCUCGCGGCUCACAUGGAUGGAUCCCUUGUUGUCUACGACAAAGAGAAAGAGGACGCCCCGUUCAACCCAGAAGAGGAGGGCUCUAGCGUCAAUGGAAGCGAGGCAGGCGAUGCGCCAAACGGCGUGAAUCACGGGCUUAGGAUUCUCAUCCAGAAAUCAGUGCACUCCAAGAACCAGAAAACUAACCCAGUUGCCGCUUGGAAGCUGUCGAACCAGAGGAUUAAUGCUUUUGCUUUCUCUCCCGACCAUCGGCAUCUAGCUGUGGUUUGUGAGGAUGGCACACUCAGGGUUAUUGACUACCUGAGAGAGGAGUUGUUGGACUUGUUCAACUCUUACUACGGCGGUCUGACGUGUGUCUGCUGGACGCCCGACGGCAAGUAUGUCUUGACAGGCGGACAGGACGACCUGAUCUCGGUCUGGUCGGUGGCCGACUCAGGGCUAGUUGCGAGGUGCCAGGGACACCAGUCUUGGGUCUCCGCCCUGGCUUUCGAUCCUUGGCGAUGCGAUGAUCGAAAUUACCGGUUUGGCAGCGUUGGAGAGGACGGCCGUCUUUGCUUGUGGGAUUUUGGCGUCGGCAUGCUGCACCGGCCGAAGAAUGCAACACGGCAGCGAGGGUCCAUCUCAAUGCCUCCUGGAGGCCCGCAGCGCGUCGACUCAACCAGCCCCGUCGGCGGUCGUAUGCGCUCCAACUCUGGCCUGGACGGAGACGAAGACGGGGAUGGUAUUUCCCAUCCCGUUGAGCCGCGGGCUCGGAUCCCCAUGCUGCCGCCUGUUCUUACGACUGUCAUUGACACGCACCCGGCUUGCUGGCUCGAUUUCACCGAGGACGCGAUCAUCACAAGCUGCAAGAACGGCCACGUCAGGACGUGGAACAGACCCGGGAAAGGAGCAGCGGCCCAGGCUGCAACGGCGUGA